AUGGCGCCGACCACCUCGAUUAUCAUUUUGAUCCGAUAUGAUUAUCAUCCACUACUACCAAAGGGGUUUCCCAAGGAACUGAAGACUAUGAGUGCCCCGAAUGAUAAUUAUACGGUACACAAAGUCUCCUUGAAACGUACACGGCAGGCCUGUGGACCUUGUCGUCGGAAGAAGGCGCGCUGUCCAGGCGAGAAGCCGACAUGCUCGCUGUGCCAAAGGCUCGGGCAGCGCUGCUCUUACGGGCCGCAGGCCGCCCCGAAUCGUGCUGCUACUACUAGAGCUUCUCCUGCCAAUGGACAGGAACGUGGUUCGGGAGAGCCUGGAGAUGCAAACUUGUUGAGCUCGCAACGAUUCCAGCGCAUAGAGGACAGAUUAGACAAGAUGGCAAGCAUUCUCCAGGAGUGCUUAUUGAAGAAUAAUCCAUUGACUGGAGUGGCGAGCGGAAACUCGCUUUUCUCUCAUGGCUAUGGCCAUCGCAGCAUGGGUAAUUCUCCGGUAGCAUUCGGUUUCCAAAAUGAGGAACGCCAUUAUUCUCUGGGAUCCUCGCUCCCAUCCGAUUUUGUCAAAUCCGAAGUAGACAUUUAUCUCGCCCAUUUUCACGACCAGCCUUAUUGCGUUUUCUCCAAGGACUGGCUUUUGAGCCGUGAUCUGUCAUUACCCCCAGAAAUCGCAUUCCCAUUAGUGGCUCUUACUUCUCGGAUCUCGCGCCGCUCGCCGGGACCCACUGGAGGCGAUGUACCUCCCACAAAGUCCUAUGCCAAUAAGGCCUGGGAUAUCCUGUCACAUCAGUACAAGAGCGGGAAACUGGGUCUCUCAUUUCUCCAGGGAACAUUUCUCAUGGCUCAGGUGGACUUCGCCGACGGCCAAUCCCAUCGAGGGUAUUCAUCUGUUGCACUGGGUAUCCGGACGAUCCAGUCUGCCGGCCUACACAAAGAUAAAUAUACGUCGUCCCUCACCGACUCGGAAGCGGAAGAAAGAAGACGCAUUACCUGGGCUUUUUUCAUGCUGGACCGCAGUUACAACGCAUCUCGAGACUAUUCACUGUGUCUGGCAGACAAACAUUUCACCAUUCUUUUCCCUGCACCGAAUACGCCAGCCUCACUCUCUGGCGAGGAGUCCCUGGCUCGUGGAACAUUACACGAUGGACCCGGGAAGCAAGGAGAAAAGCUUGACCAUGGCAUUUUGGGCUGCCUUCUUCGACUUUAUUCCCUUUGGGGCAAAACCACCGAUUAUGUCUUUGAGCCCUUCGAUAAGGAUGCGCUACCCCCCUGGCGAUCAGGAUCGGCGCUGGCCGGUCUGGAAUCCGACUGGAUGCAGUUCGAGACUCAUUUCGCAGAUACACAUCGGUAUCGCAGUGUCGACUUCCGACGACGCGCUCGCGAAGAACCGCAUUGUCGCUCGUACCUGUGUACCUGGCUGUGUGUCCAGUUUUUGUUCCACUCCGUUCAAUGUCUGCUGCACCAUCCUUUCGUAAACAUGGUUAAACUCCGCCACAUCGACGGAAACAUACCCGCAACCUUUCUGCAGAAGUCCUAUGAAAGCUCCCUUAUUCAUUCGAGGUGGAUUGCGCGGUUCAUCCGAGAAAUGGACGAGGUGGACAUCCGACUAUACGACCCGUUUAUCGGUUACCUCUGUGCAAUCGCCGCCACCAUCCAGCUCGAGAAUACGGCCAGCAAAAACCCACACAUCGCGCAACUCGGCAAUAGCGAUUUCCGAACGUUGGUGGAUUACAUGACAGACCUGUCGACACAUUGGGAAAAUAUGGGUGUCCUGGUCAACCGGGUCAAUAAACUGGCUGCGAGACAGAAGAACUACAAGUCGCUAUAUUAUAGCCAGGACACUUUCUCCGGGGAGUUAACCCGCAUGCCCACUCCAUCCACUAUCCCAAGAAUGUCGGAGGCGGACGAAGCCCUGAUGUGGAAUAUUCUCGACUUCAGUUCGUCGUUUACCCCUGCUGAGAUCGUACAACUCGGAGACUUGGUCCCGUCACCGUAUCAACGGAUGGACACUAUCAGUCCGAAUUUCCCUGGUCAGUCCCUCCUUGCGACUGGGCAGGGCGAGCCAGGAAUGGACUCUCUCAGCGGGCGGGUUCUGGGGCCAGUAGGCGCCGAUCCUAUAUCUGAGUGGCCUUUUUCCGAAAGGCCUGGUCACGACGGAUUCGAUGCAGCAAUCCCUGACUUGCCUGACUGGAUGAUGUUUGGAGAUUACGUCGCGGAGCAAUUGUGA